AGUCAACAGCGGCUUUUUGAUAUUCACUCUAUCUACGAGGCGGUGCUGGUAGUAAGUUCGGUCCUUCCAGUAACAUUUUUCCUAUUAACGGCAACAUAUUACUCAAUGGUAUGUAUAAGGUUAUGAAUCAACAGUGUAGCAGUGACAGAAAAAACACGAAAAUGGUCACCAAUCCACUACGACCUCGCUCCACGAACACGUUCGCCAGCUGUUUGCACGCAACCGCCACACUGACCUUGUUGGUUUCGAUAGUUGGCGUUGUGGUUGUAUCUUACCUCGCAGCAGUCGAUUUGGUUUUGGAAGGACGAGAAGGCGAUGUUCCGGUCUCCAGCACAAGAAUUCGCUGUCCCGUAAACAACUUGACGGCGGUCCUGUCAUGGGAAAAUCCUGACGAGUGCGCAUGGAGCAACAACUAUGAGGAAGCGCGCCACAAAUUUCGACAGUUGGGCAAACUUGUUCAGGAAAAAGUCGCCUUCGCAAAAAAGAGCAAAGACGAGUACGAAAUCGAACAUCUUGGUACGAUCAUCGAAGCUGUCCCUGAUGCGUUUAACGUUCAUGAAUGGUCGAGGUCAAGAAGGAAUGAUAGUACGCAGCAAGAAGACGCUGCUGAAGUAGAGUUGGAAAUCAGUGCUCAAGAAAUUGCGGACGAUACAGUGGACUCCCUCCUUCUGGUCAUAAACACUAAUGGACACGGAGAUGCAAGGUCAGCCUCAAGAACAGAAAAAUGUGAUUUUUCUUCGAAUACAGAAGAGGACGGAGUGGUAAAGCAGGGUCGUCGAGAUGAAGGUGAAGAAGUCGCGUCUUCAAAGCCAGAUAUAGUGCUUAGCAGUGGUGUUCAUGGGGUGGAAGGCUUCAUUGGAUCAGCAGUGCAAGUACGCUUUUUGUGGAAACUGCUCGGACGAGAACUAGAUGGAGAAGGGAACGAGCCGUCGUCUCCUCAGAAUGGGAAUACUUUUGGUCCUGGUGUUGCCGGAUCAGGAACUGACAAUUUACAACAUGCUGAUGGAGCAGAUACGAAGAAGUGUAGUAAUGCGAGCACCACUGAGAGAAGCAGAAGCACCUCCGAAGAAGUACGGAAGAUCCUCUUAAUUCAUGCGGUUAAUCCCUUUGGUAUGCGAAAGUUUCGUCGUUUUAAUGAACGCAACGUCGAUUUGAAUCGGAACGCUUUGACAGAUGCCGAGGCUGAAGCAGCCAGAACGCGUCAUCCAAACGCGGCAAAAUAUGUUAAGGUCGUGGCGGGGGAGGUUGUGGAUGUGGCUUACAUGUCUUGGUUACUAGUACAACGUGCGUGUGCUUUACAUGUCUUGGUUACUAGUACAACAAGACCGUGUUCUAGUGCGUAGACAAACAAGACACGGGCACUUCUUGUGCAAUAAAACUUCCGCUUGUUCUGCGACUAUGAUCUAAUUACGAGGAUUUUUACUACGCUUUUAACCCCGCAGGGCGAUUGUUGGAGCGGAAAAGAGAAAGGAAAGCCCAUUUUAGUGGUGAAAAAUCCAUGUUCAGUCGCAAGAGCUUUUCACACCGCUUAUUAGACUUUUUUGAUGACCAUGUUUAUGCCCCACUCUGUGGCGGAUUCCACCAAAUGGACACCAACAUGAGAACUUCUACGAUAACCACAGAAGAUUCCAAUCGCAACAAUUUUCUCUCUCGAACCCAAGUCGUAAUUGCAGAGGUAGUUACGAUCAUGCGUACUGUCGGUUUGGGAAUUUUUGCUGAGAUGGCGCGUCACGGCUAUGUCGCGCUAAAACGCGCUCUGGUGUCUGCUCAAUACCAUCGCCCCAGUGGACUCUGGUAUGGGGGAACGCCAGGACAGUGGUUAUGUUGCUACUUUGUGAUAUUUAAAUACAGAUCCCGUAAAGGAAGUACAAGUAGUAGUAGAACACGACUUGUUCUGUUGUUAUUUCUGCCUCCAUAGACGUCGUCAACAUCCACGUGGUCAUCAGGUGAAGAUACAUGAUCUUCAUCAGCGCUAAUUCUGGAGCCGUCUGUGGAGAUUGUGAGUCACAUUUUGGAGACAUCCUUGGGUCUGGAGAUGAACCCAGCAUUUGUAUUUUGGAUUGACGUGCACACCGGUCUAGGACCGUACGGAGAAUACACUAUUCUGAGGAAAGCAGAGCACGUGGAGAGGACCUCGUCUACGUCUCAUAGUAUCCAAGGACCACAUGAAGAUGCUGUUGGAAGUCUUGUGGAGAAAAUGAACAAUGAGGCGCAAGUGGAAAACUUUCAGAAUCAGGUAGAGAAGCUUCUAGAUGGCGAAAAAGUGGAGGGCCUUCCUUCUGUGUCGGCCAACACUUCCACGACAGGACAAGAUGUGAGUGCUGGUUAUGAAUUCAGCUCAGGUCCAGUAGCCGGCGGAGCUCUAUGUUCUAUCCAUCAAUCCCACUCUGCCGACUCCGGUACAACUAAAAAUGUUAAUGUUCCCACCAAGAAUAGCACUUCUGGACGAACAAGAUCUAGAUGCCUUGCAGUGACACAAGAGUUCGGCACAUUUCCAGGAGUAUUUGUGGCCUUAAGCGUCAUCCUAGAACAUUGGCAUUGGCUUCGGGGUACUGACGGAUCUCAUUGGACUACAUGGGCAUUUGAUCCGCGUUUGUGGAGCUGGCGCCGUAGGACUCUCGAAGGAGGCAUGAAAUUUUUAGGACAGGUGCUGAGGUGGGACAUCGUGUGAUGAAGAAUUAUUAAUCACUAAACUUAACGUUAACGCAGGGGUUAGUAUCCUAAACGACCUACAAUCUAGUCCUCGCAUCAUUAUUUUUCCAUUUGGAAUGCGUCAAAGGCGAUAUUAAAGCUUGACCUGUUGAAG